ACUUGAAAAUCGGUUUAAUGAUCUGUUAUAUUGGUCCAGGCUGGCUUUUUAUUUUACAAGAGUAGCCAGAUUCCUAGUAGGCUAAUAAUGCAAGGACAUGAGGUACAUCAUUCACGCCUACUAAUAUUAAUCAUUAAUGUUGAUUUGAUAUGGAGAAACUAUACCAAACAGCUUAAGGUUUUCACAUUGCCACCACUUCCCACUCAAAAGUUUUUUAUAGGACCAUCUCAGAUGGAAGAUGACCUACCCCCAAAAAGUUUCUAAAGGAAUUAUAUUAUCAAAAUUUUGUAUUGAAUAACAAAUUAAGUGAUAUCACUAACAAGAACAAUAAAGUCACCAAGUUCGAUAAUGAAGUAUAAAACUCAAUCUGACAGUUUGCCAAAAAUUGGAAGAAUUAUAAUCACUCCUUAGUUAAUUUUUUUCAAAAAAACAUCUCAUCGAAUACACAGUUUCUUUUGGAACUUAUAUCCUUCAAGAAAUUCCAUUCAUCCUUUUACAAGUUAAUAUGUAUAUAGCAAAAUGAUUAAAAAAAGUUAAUGAACAUUAAAGCUGCCUAAGAAAUACAAACCUAAAGCUGGACUAGUUAGUUCACGAAAUGAACUGAAACAUGCCUUCCUUUCGACUUACAUGGUUAGACCUCAAUUAACCUCGACCAUUAUUUGUUAUCAUACUAUAGUAAAAACUAACAAAUUGAAACAGUUAUCAUAUAAAAGUAGUUUAAGCUAAUCUAGGGACUAUUGUUUCAAAGCAUAACUAAAGACAUACUUUAACAAGUGUGGUUAAUUCUUGUGAAACAUGAACUGCAUAUACUAACUAAUAAGGCAAUCAUUCAAGGGAUAAAGGCAUACACACAAGCAAUAAAAAAAAAAAAAAUACUGCCAAAUGAAGUCAUGUGACUAUUAAAAACGAGGUGGACCCAUAUCCAUGAGUUUCCAAGCUGCCAAACUUAAGCUUGAGUUCCUAUUCUCUCCUCUCUGUUCCCUCUAUAAAAUGCCUUUGAAACCCAAGAGCCUUAUUUAAAGUACAAAGCAGCCAGCAUUCAAAAUAUAUUUUCCCUUACUCCUUACCUAAAAACAAUGGCUUUCCAGUUUCCAUCCAUGAUCUCAAACAGCAAACAAAAAAUCAAAUUGCACAAAAGACGAGGAGGAGUUCCAAAAGGUCACCUUGCAGUUUAUGUGGGAGCUAACAAGGAAGGAAAAAAGCGAUAUGUGGUGCCUUUGUCGUACUUGAGAUACCCUGCAUUUCAAGACCUACUUGGCCUUGCUGAGGAAGAGUUUGGAUUUCAACAUCCCACUGGUGGCCUUACCAUUCCCUGUGAUGAAGAAACAUUCAUACAUGUCAUGAACUGUCAAUUAAAUUUUUUCCCUUCAAUUUCUUGUGAAAUACUAUAGAAUUUCAAAAAUUAGAACUCUGAA